AUGAGGCGUUUCCUGAGCAGGAAGGGCCGCUUCUCCCUGCGCCAGAGCAAGUCCGGGACCCGGAGCGCUUCCAAAGAUUUCUUCCUCGGCCUCCCUGCCACCAACCAGAACUGGCCGGAGGCCUUUGGCUUCCGGCUUGGAGGCACCGGGCCCAGUUACAUCUUGUCCGUGGUGGAGGGAAGUAGUGCCUACCUUGCUGGCUUACAACCAGGCGACCAGGUGGUGGACAUUGAAGGCCAAGACGUGACCAACCUCAGCACACCUGCUCUGAUCGCUCUGGCUCAGACCCUGAAGACGGUACCACCGAGCAUUGGUGUCGUGUCACGGCUCGAGCAGAUUGACAUCACCCCAGGCCCAGACGGGCGUUUUGGCUUCACCAUUGUGGGCGACAGUCCUCUGAUGGUUGAGGAGUGCAUGCCUGGAGGUCCGGCGACACACAGCGGCCUCAAAGUUGGCGCCUACGUCAUGGAGGUCAACGGCAUCCCUGUGAAGCACCACGAAACAGCUGCAGCCAUGAUCAAAGCGGCACAGGGUCGACCUUUGCGUCUGGGCGUGCUCAGUAUGGCUCGCCGACCCAAGCGGCUGAGCAGCAGCAUGAGGGUGCUGUCGCAGAGUGGAGACAGCGUCAGGGAGAGUCGCGCUCACAAGGCCCUGGAGUUCAACAAGAAAGUGGAGGAGGUGCUCGAGGAAGAGCCAGAUGUGAAGGAACAGCUGUUUGAGGUGCUCAAGCAGUACGCUGCAGAGAGGGAUGUGGAGAGUCUGGCUGAAGCUCUGCCUGACAUCUUGAUCACAGAAGAGCAUCAGCAGCUGAUCGACAGUGUCAGGAUCUUCAUUCCCAAGAAGCACCGGGAGCGUUUCGACGAGGUGGUUUCUCAGAGCUUGAUGAGCCGACUGAAGGGGCGGAGCUUCAGUGACCCCAGCCGCAGCCAAUUUCGUCGCAGCCGAAGCGGGGACCACCCGGAACGUCUCCUCGUCUCCACCCGGGCCAGCUCAGUGCCACGCACCCACGCAGAAGAAGGCGUGGCUCCCCCUGCCAGAGGCAUGCGCAAGACCACCUCGCUCAUCGCUGGCCACUCUGGUGGCACCACCAACUGCAGGACGGUGAGAGUUUGCAAGGGCAACAUGAGUUUUGGCUUCACCCUGAGAGGCCACGCUCCCGUGUGGAUUGAUUCGGUGAUCCCUGGUAGUCCCGCAGACAAGGCAGGUUUAAAAGCAGGAGACCGGAUCCUGUUUCUCAACGGCCUGGACAUGAGGACGUCCUCCCAUGAGAAAGUGGUGUCCAUGCUGCAAGGAAGUGGUGCGAUGCCCACCCUGGUGGUGGAGGAAGGCCCGCCCAUCUUCACUCUGGCCGAGCAGGAGCUCACAGGGGGAGGCGUCCCCGCAGAACGGGCGCGCUCUCCGGCGCUCAGUUCCCUGCAGUGGGUGGCAGAGAUUCUGCCCCCCAGCAUCAGGGUGCAGGGCCGCACGUUUGGACAGCAACUGGAGCACCUGCUGACCAUUCAGGAGAGGUACAUCAUCUGCAAGGCUCUGGAGAACUUCUUCCAGCACCGGAAUGUUGACACGCUGAUCGUGGAUGUGUUCCCGGUGCUGGAUACCCCGGCCAAGCAGGUGAUCUGGCGGUUCGUUUACCAGCUGCUGACGUAUGAAGAACAGGAGCACUGCCAGAACAAGAUUUCCCGUUUUCUUGGCUACAAAGCACCAGUUCCACCACCUCCACCUCCGCCUCCUCCGGAGCCGGAGCCGGUCCCUGAGCCUCAUCGCCGCAGCAGCUCCAUGAGGGUGACGGGGACCACGUACAGGAGCAGCGUGAGGGGACGCAGCUCUGAUGACCUGGUCAUUGGUACACACUUAGGCAUGGGCCUCCGUGCCGAGUCGACGCAGGAAACUGGUAUGAGGUUGGCUCCUGGAGAACGUCAGUCAGGAGAUGGUACCUCUCUGCCUGAGACUCCCAACAACCUCACUAAUCUGUCCGCAGUGUACGCCGAGCUGGAAAACAUGUACUCGGCCAAGAGGUCCAAGUCUCUGAAGAGUCGUCCUCCUCCUGACCCUGAGAGUUUCCUGGAGUUGGACUCUCCAUCACGGCCAGAGUCUCCUACAAUAAACGCAAACGCAGGGAGCCAUAAAGGCCCCCCACCCCAGUCAUCCUGGCCAGAUCCUCUGCCCAGUCCACCUCCAACCCAGUUCUUUCCUCCAGGGUUGACGAGCCAGACGAGUGGGGAGUCUAACCCCUACAUGAGCUUAGACAGCCCCCCUCCUUCACCGCCAGAACCCGACUUCCCGUCCAGCCCACCUGUUCGACGCAGCAGCAAGCGGCGCUACACCUUCUCCAAACCUCCUCGCUCAGAGGACACUGAUCGCUUUCUGGACGCGCUGAGCGAGCAGCUGGGACAGAGGGUGGCGAUUGUUGAUGACUUCCUGACCCCCGAAAAUGACUAUGAAGAGGAUGUUGUGCAGAUGGGCUACCCCGAUGAGGAUGAGGAGGAAAAUGAAGACGAGCUCGGGGUGGAUGAAGAUGAGAAUGGAGGAUUUGUUGAUCCAGAAUUAAGCAGCCCGAGUGACGUCCAAAGCAGCAACGAAGAAGAGAAUGCCUCCUCCCUCACGUACUCCUCUUCCUCUGAUCAUAUUCCUCCACCGCCCAUGUCACCUCCACCACCCCCACCUGUCCAGUUCAAUGACCAACCUCCUCCUCCUGCACCACCUGAACAGAGUCAACCUCAGCAACAGCAAGAAUCUGUUAGCUUUUCUCCUGUGCAGUUACCAAAAGGAUAUGUACCCAUUCGCCGGAAAUCUGGGCCGCCUCCACCACCUCCUCCCCGCAGUAACCCACCACCAAAACGCCACUCCUUACACAAAGUCCUCCCUACAAGAGAAGACCUGCAGGUCCACACUACCAUACAAGAGCUAAAAGCAUACCAGGAGCAACAAGCCUACCAGGAAAGACAAGCUUUUGAGGAGCAACAAGCAUAUAAGGAGAGGCAGGUUUAUGAGGAGCAAAAAGCCUACGAGGGACAACAACUUUUCCAUGAUCGACAGGAACAGCGGGCCUUUCAGGAGAAAAUAUACAAAGAGAGACCAACUUAUGAAGAGCAGAAAGCUUAUGAGGAGCAAAAAGCCUUUGAGGAGCAACAAAUGUACCAAGAGCAGCAGGCUUAUCAAGAAAAACAAGCCUAUGAGCAACAUCAGGCCUACCAGGAACAAAAAGCACGGGAGCAGCAUCAAGCCUACAAGGAACAGAAAGCGUUUCAGGAGCUCCAAGUCUACCAGGAACAAAAGGCGUACGAGGAGCGUAGAGCUUUUGAAGAGCGUCAAGCAUACCAAGAGCAGCAGAUCUACCAGAGCCACCAGUCCAUGCCUGUCCAACCAACGCAGCAGAAAACACAUUCACCUCUGCCUCACCAACUACCUCACCAGUCUUUACCUCCUCUGCCCUCACAGGACCCCAUCCAUCAAAACACAAACCACCCCCUUUAUAUGAUGAGGCCAACACCGCAGCAACCGAACCGUCACAGUCUUCAUCAUAGACGCUUGUCUCGUUCUGCGCCUCCCCCACAUCAGCCAUCACCACCUCAACCAGUCCACCCCAGCCAACAAAGUCAGUAUCCAGAGGGCAUCUACCAAAGCCAUCAGGGCGUAAGACCCCACCAUUCCUCAACAGAGAUGCUCCACCACAAGCACCACGCUCCAGCGCAUCAUUCCUCAUCUGAGAUGCUCCAUCAGUUGCAACAGUCCCAGGUCCACCACACAUCUGCUGAGAUGCUCCAGCAGAUGCAGCAACCCCACGCUCGCUACUCGUCAUCAGAGAUGCUCCACCAAAUGCCCAAAGUCACGGCCCAUCAUUCCUCCACAGAGCUUUUGCUCCAGAUGCAUCAAAUGCAGCCUCACCACUCAUCUACUGAACUUCUCCACCAAGCUCACCAGAUGCAUCGAGGACAACCCCACCACUCGUCUAGCGAGCUGCUCCAACAGGUGUAUCAGCCCAAGCCCCAUCACUCGUCCACAGAGCUUCUCCAUCAGGCUCAUCAGAUACACCAACCCAAGCCUCAUCACUCAUCCACGGAACUUCUGCAUGAAGCUCAACAAGAACCUGCUUCCCUCCCGAAUCAGCUGAACCGGGAGAGCCAAACCCACCAGAGUCGCAAGAGCCUUAAAGGUCUUCAUCAAGCUGAUGUUUCACUGCAAGGAAGACACAAAGACCAGCAGGUUCAACAAUUACACCAUUCACAGCCCACCAAACCCGCUCCUCAGAGACCCCAUUCUAUCCAACAGACCCACCAUCAUCCUAGUACACCGCAGAUCCACCACAUCCACCACAUGAUCCCACAGCCCCCUCCUCAGGACUACCAGCACCAGAUUCACGUUAUCCAUCCUCCCCAGCAGCCACACAGGCCCCAGCCACUUCUCACCACCUUUCAGCCCCUCCAGCCCACCCUCUCCACCUUCCAGCCUCUGCCCCAACACCACCAGUCUCAGCAGCAGGUCCAGUCCUCCACCCAGUCGGCUCGUCCACAUUCACAGCCCUCGCACCACCUCCUGCAGACCCAACAACAGCCCCAACCUCACCACAAGCAAUCCCAAACCCAGAGCCAGCCUCAGUCCCUCCCCCACUCCAUCUCAGACCCCACCGAGACUUUAGAGCCGCCUCCUGCUCCACCCUUACCGCCCCCCUGCUCCCCUCCUCCUCUGCCAAGACCCACUCUGUCCAGGAUGGACUCCCAUCACAUGAGUGUGAAGAGGCUGCGCUGGGAACAAGUGGAAAACUCAGAGGGGACAAUAUGGGGUCAGUUGGGGGAAAAUUCAGACUAUGACAAACUGCACGACAUGGUGAAGUAUUUGGAUCUGGAGCUCCACUUUGGGACUCAGAAGUGCUCAUUGCCUGCUCCAGAACCGUCCCUAGAAAGUUUCAAGAAGAAAAAUGUGAUAAGAAUCCUGUCUCAGAAAAAGGCUUACAACGCCUCCAUCCUCAUUGCCCACCUGAAGCUCUCUCCUGGUGAGCUACGUCAGGUUCUCAUGAGCAUGGCCACAGAGCGACUGGAGCCGGCUCACAUCAUGCAGCUGCUGCUGUACGCUCCUGACGAAGAGGAGAUGAAAAAAUACGAAGAGUACCGGGAGGACCCCAGCAAACUCAGCGAACCGGAUCAGUUUGUGCUGCAGAUGUUAUCUGUCCCAGAGUUCAAGACUCGUCUGCAGAGUCUGCUCUUCAAGUGCUCUCUCCAAGAGAAGACGGAGGAGCUGAGGGGGGCAUACGACUGCAUCAUCAAGGCCUCCGCUGAGCUGAAGACCAGCAAGAAGCUGGCUAAGAUACUAGAGUUUGUCUUAGCGAUGGGAAACUAUCUGAAUAACAGCCAGCCUAAAAACAACAAGACUACCGGCUUUAAGAUCAACUUUCUCACAGAGCUGAGCACAACUAAAACCGUCGAUGGGAAGUCGACGUUUCUGCACAUUCUGGUCAAAUCGUUGUGUCAGCAUUUUCCAGACGUGUUGGAUUUCUCCAAAGAUCUGACGACGGUUUCUCUUGCAGCGAAAGUGAACCAGAGGACUAUCACGUCAGACGUGAACGACAUUCAUUCCACUAUUCAGGAGAUACGCUCGGCUUGUCAAAAGAUGCCCGCGACCGCUGAGGAUCGCUUUGCUGUCGUCAUGAGCAACUUCCUGGAAAACAGUCACCCAGCUCUGCAGUCUCUGGAGUCGCUCCAACAGAGAGCCACGGAGGAAUUCAGCAGAACCGCCUCGUUCUUUGGAGAGGACGGCAAAUCCACCUCCUCGGAGGCUUUCUUUGGUAUUUUUGCUGAGUUCAUGAGCAAGUUUGAGAGAGCUCUCAGCGAUCAACAAGGAACAGAAAACCCAAAGAGCCCCAGAAGUCCACGCCUGGCCUCCCCGCUGGCCUGGUAGCACACGUGUGGAGGUCCCCAAAUACUGGACUGUUCCAGCACCUAAAACCUAAAACAAUGUGUGCACACACACACACACAC